AUGAGUGCCGUCAAGAACCUUCGCGCCAUGUUUGAGCAAAAGGGGGAAAACAGUCCUCCAGACCGGGGUCGUUCGCCUGGUGUGCCUUUUGUUUCCGGCGCCGAGUCCCCACGUCCGCUGGCCAAAGUCCGAACGAGCUUCAUCGCAAUCGAAAAAGACGGUAGGAUGGGCUUGACACGAGAAGGCAGCCAGGAUUCAGUGCCCGGGAUUCGAAAGCUCAGCGGUGGAUCUAGCGAAAUGACGACGCCGACUGCUGGAAAGGAAAUCUCGAAUCCGUUCGAGAAAUUUGAGAGGCUCACGAGCACGCCAAAAACUUUCCUUAGAGACCAACCAAUUGUGGAAUCACCACAGGCGAAGGCAGAAGAGAAGACGGCGACAUCGCCGGUCAAGGAAGUGAAUGUCGCACAAACACCGACCGCACCUAUUGUGAAGAAGGAGGAAGUGAAGACCCCAGAGCCAGCCCUGGAUGGCACUGCGGAGAAGACAGUCACACCAGCACCAAAGCCGGAGACCAAAGAGCCAGUAAACGAGACAAGCGGUGCGAAUGAGGAGAAGAAGGAGACAACUGCCACCAAGGAAGCCACGAAACCCACCACCACCACCAUCACACCACAGUCGACAGUGAAGCCGAUGACAACUUCUUCGACAGGAAAGCUCGAUGUAAAGUCUGCGAAAUCGCCAGUCACCACCAAGCCCCCGAAGAGCCCAGCUCUGAGACCUCAGCCGAAUUUGGCUGCGCCUAAACAGACGCCCGAAAGGAAAGUGUCCCACACCGAAAAGACAAUGACACCAAAAGCAGCCACUCCCGCCGCAAAGGCCUCUGCUCCUUCCUCGGUGAAGAAGCCACCUCCGCUCCAUGCAUCCCCCGCAGCCACAGGGUUUGUCAAGCCAAAGGUCAAGUCACCAACAAGACCAGUAAAGCUUCCUCCAGGCCUCACAACGCAUACGGCUGCCUCCGGUUCCAAGGUCCACGGCGACAGCGCACAACACGCCAGUUCCCUCGCACGCUCCGCCAGCAGAACAAGCAUGUCGGGCACCACUAGCAAAGCCGCGCCGGGUAAAACGCUCAAACGACAGAGUUCGACCGUUGGCCGCUCCCGGCCGAGCAUAGGACCCCCUCCGCCUCAGCCAGCCAAGGACCAUGCUCCUAAGAAGGAGAAGCCGGUUGACGAGAGUUUCCUCGCGCGUAUGAUGCGGCCUACCCAAGCCUCUGCCAACAAGGUCACACAAAAGGUGCCCAUUUCUCCACCCAGACAUGGGCCAGCCUCCCGGAGAACAUCCCCAGCGUCUAAGCCCCGCGUUAAGAAGGCUGUCUCACGACCACAUAGUGCCACGUCAGGACAUAGCGCACCUUCAGCAUCGCAGACCAGCCUGGCUCCAGCCGCCGAGAUUGUUCCCGCUUCAAAGUCUGCCGAGGACGACGCUAAGCACGCCGCUCUCGAUGCCGUGGCUGAGAAGACGGCGGUUCAGGAGGUAGCAGUCCUUGCGGAGCAGGCUGAGACCGCCGAGGAGGCCGUGGAAGCCGCCAAGGAGGUUGAGGGUGAGAUCACUCUGCCAGAGACUUCCCCUGGGGUCAAGGCUGUGACAAACAGCAUGGAGCGCAUGAGCGUCGGGUCUGCCGAUUCCAAGGCCGAAGUGAGCGGACAUAGCAACGACAAUACCUCUUCCCCCUCUCCUUCUGCCACAGAAGAAACCGAGGCUUCCGUCAUCGACAACAAGGAGAGCCAUUCCGAAAUCUCCGCUAUCGCCGCCUAA